UGUAGUAAGUCACCACUCAGCAAGCAACACAUUGCGGUUCUGUUAAAAGUCGGGGAGCUACGAACUAUCCGCCGGUAACAAAUAAAUAAGCACGGAACAGGGUUCCAUUAAAUACUCAAACUUCUAGCAGUACUUCGGAUUUAUCGCCUGGUUGUAGAUGGUGUCCGUGCCCCGGAGCAGCUAGGAGUUGCUUCCGAACACACCCUGUGAUUGUCGUUGUCGCGCAGUUCGGAGCCCUCUUUCGUCCAGCGUCCAUCCACCAAAAGCCCGAGGAACGUCGACGCUUGCCGUAAAAAUGUGGCGUAGUGCCGGUUAACUGCAGCUGCUCUAGGUGCCUCUCCGUUUGUAUUUGCAACGAAACAGCUAAUUUCUCUGGCAACGCGAUGAAAACACAAAAUGUCUGCUUGUACAUUUUACAUUCGUUAGUAACCAUCAGUACUUUAGGAUAGUGACAUGUCAGUGGUAUGGUAUACGGUGACAUAUUGUUUCUAUAAAAUGCAUUUUGCUGUUUUUCUUGCCUUCUAUCAUUCUGAUCAUGGCCAAUGUGUAUAUUCGCUUAAGAUCAUUAGUUCACGUCAUUUUAUGUUUUACGUCCAUUUGCCCGUCUGUCAUCAUUUUUCCUUGACUUCUGUUCUAAAGUAGUAGCCAUCAUACAAAUAAAAAUAAAUGCAAAUGCCGGGCCAAUUGACUAUUAGGGUUCCCACAAAGAACAUUUUGUAUAUAGGUAAGAAAGAGGAAGUGUAACUGCUUCGGGUUCUAUAGCCACACACCUCGUCCGUAAACAAAUGCAGUGCAGCUUAGCCUCUGGCUAGCUGACGUCAUGGUGAGUGACUUGCUUCUGGCACUGUGGUAAAUAUUGGCGUCUUUAAUAGCGUCAUCAUUCAGACUGUUCAAACUAUUGCUGUUGCACUCAUCUCUAUACUUCAUUUCCUAAAAAGAAGACAAACUACUGAGUUUGCCCUUUCCUUAAAAGCAAAGUUUGAAGCUGUUGAUGUUUCAUUUGAAAUAGAAUUAAACAUGUUCCUGUGUAUACCAAAGGUAACAGUGACGGUAGAGUUGAAGAUGUCUCUUCCACUGGCUGUCAUAGUAGUCCUCUCUGUGCUGGAGCUAGGCGUGAACCACGCUGGACCGGAGCUGGACCCAUACAAAACGUUGGGUGUCACCCAAGGUGCAAGCCAGGUUGAGAUUAAGAAAGUCUACAAGCGUCUCGCGAGAGAAUGGCAUCCUGACAAAAACAAAAAUCCGGGAGCUGAGGAUAUGUUUAUCAGGAUUACCAAAUCGUACGAGAUUCUAUCCAGUGAGGACAAACGUGCCAACUAUGACCGCUACGGGCAGACGGACGACACCCAGCCGUACGGCAGCCGCCACUACAGUGGUCACCGCCACGACAACUUCAACUUCGAAGAGUCCUUCUUUAACUUCCCAUUCAAUAGCAAGAGUCACCGCGACUUUUCCGACAGCAAGUACUCGCUACACUUUAACCAGUAUGUCAACGACGUGGUGCCUGACAGCUUCAGGAGACCGUACCUGAUCAAGAUCACCUCCGACUGGUGCUUCAACUGCAUCCACAUCGAGCCUGUGUGGAAAGAGGUGGUACAGGAAAUGGAGACGCUAGGUUUGGAAUCCACACGUCAUUUAGUAGCGGAGAUUCGGAGGUACAUUUUCAAAGGAUGGGUUUGGACACAACUCAUCUGUGCAGGUGUCGGGAUCGGGGUGGUGGAUGUUGGCUAUGAGAGACGGUUAGCCAAUCACCUCGGCGCUCAUCGUACGCCAUCUAUACUUGGAGUCUUAAAUGGCAAAGUGACGUUCUUCCAUUUCGCUGUAGCAAAGGAGCACCUGAGGCAGUUUGUGGAAGACCUUCUUCCACAAAGACUCGUGGAGUGGGUCAGCGACAAAAACGACCAGCAGUUCUUGAACAGUUGGCACAAACUCAACAAGCCACACGUGCUGCUGUUUGACCAAGUGCCUGUAGUUCCCUUACUUUAUAAACUGACGGCUUUUGCGUACAAGGACUACAUGCAGUUUGGCUAUGUGGACCAGGGCCUUUCAGAGACGGCCAGUCUGCAGAGACAGUUUAAUAUCAACACCUACGCCCCCACCAUGCUGGUUUUCAAAGAGAACACGGACAACCCCGCUGAUAUCAUACAGACUAAAGGAAUGAAAAAGCAGAUUAUCGACGAGUUCAUGUCAAACAACAAAUUUCUCCUCGCACCGAGGCUGGUGAAUCAGAAGCUCUUUGACGAGCUCUGUCCUGUCAAGCAGUUUCACAGACGACGGAAAUACUGCGUGCUGCUGAUGACAGGCGACGGCGAGAGCUUUUCUUCAGGCAAACAAGCGUUUCUGUCUUUCGCCUCCAGUAACACGAAGGAAGUUGUGAGAUUUGCUUAUGUUUACCAACAACUGCAGCAACCACUUUGUAACAUCCUGAUGACCAGCAAGGACAGCACACAGGGACCACUGCCACCGCAGGUGGUGAUCCUGGAGAGGCGCAAUGCUGCCGGGAAGGCCUUUUUCAAGCCAGUGACCAUUUGGAACGGCAGUGAAGAAGACAAGCAGCGCCUUGUGGAAGAGUUGGAGCGACUCCAGAAGGACCCGUCCAUUCUGAUCCAUGAUGCCAUGCUGCCUGAGCUCAACAAUGAGUUUGCAUCUAUAUUUGUUAUCCAAUGGGUCUAUGCAUUUUAUGAUUACCUCUCUGAAGUCAUCGAUGACAUUCUGCACAACAACUGGCGUGAGAUGAUGCCUUUGCUGUCCCUCAUCUUUUCUGCCUUAUUUAUCCUGUUUGGAACUGUGGUCAUCCAAGCAUUCAGUGACUCAAGUGACGAAAACUCCGCAAAACCAAAAGCAAAAGAUGGACCUAAAACAGAAAAUGGAUCGUCAGGGAGUGGUGGUGCGUCAAGUCGGCCUCCCAAGAAGAACUUUGUGGAGGUGACCGAGUUGACAGACAUCACCUACAUUAGCAACCUGGUGAGGCUGAGGCCAGGACACAUGAACAUUGUGCUCGUGAUCACAGAUGCGUCGAAGAACAUUCUGCUCAGCAAAUUUGCCAAAGAAGUCUACUCCUUCACGGGGAGCCUGACGCUGCAUUUCUCCUUCCUGAAUACGGACAAGCACAGCAAGUGGAUGUGCACGCUGUUAAACAGUGCACAGGACAGCGCGCACAUCGACGCAUGCCAUGACGACGAAGUCAGCGCCAAUAUGGACUACACCGGCUACGUGUUGGCACUCAAUGGCCACAAAAAGUACUUCUGUCUGUUUAAGCCCGUCUACACUGGGGAAGACCCGGACAGCAAGACGCCGGAGAAUGAAUCUGGCACGUUGGUGAGGCGGUCGAGGGCGGCUUCGCGUGACGAUCACCCUUUGCGCAAAUCGGCCCGCUCUCGCAGUACUUCCACCCUCCAGAUCCACCAUAAACUGGACCGCUUGGGUUUGUGGAUGGAAAGGCUCAUGGAGGGCACCUUGCCCCGUUACUACAUUCUCGCCUGGCCAGGACUCGACAAGAUAACCCCCAGUAAAUAGAUGGAAGCUGGUCGGGUGGUUGAAGACUUUAUGUUGCUGCUUUAAUGUUUGGUUUUAUGUUGCACUGUUUAUGUUACAGCAGGGGUGUCAAAACAUUUUCUUCUAAGUGCCGCAUACAGAAAAAUCAAAGGAUUGCAAGGGCCGCUUUGAAAUGUCACCUUUAAUUUAUUUAACACGCUGAAACCAAUCCAUCAGUGCAGGUCAAGAUAUGCGAAGCAAUUUUAUAAAUAUAUAAAUGUAGAAAUAAAAUCAUUGAACACGUUAUUGUUGUUAUUAUAAUAAUUAUAAUUAUUGUUGUUAUAUUUUCUAAAAUCAUCCCACUGGCCGGCACAGCUAUGGAGAGGGGGCUCUCCAAGUGUCCACUUCACGGCGCAUAUACUUGUGAUCUACUUCGAAACCAACUUUACAUUAUCCGCCUGUGGAGGUCUGCUUGCAGUUCCGCAUAAACGUACUUUGAUCUUUUGACCUCUGGACACCUCGUGGACUCUGGGAUAUGGCUGUGUCCCGAAUCACGGUGAUUCAUCUUAGUCUUUAUUUUUUUCUCAUCACAAAAACCUGGCAUUUAAAUGGGUGUGAAGAAGUUUUAUAUCCAUUGUAUGUAUUAAAAACAACAGCUUGGUGAUAAAGCAAAAAUUCAAGUUUUAUUUAAUCUUGAUAUCACAAACUUGGAGUUGGACUCGUUUUAUCUCCGCCAUAGAAUGACUUUUACAUCACCAAUGGCAGGAUUUUGUGAAGUCAUCUCGUGGCAGAAUGGCAGAGGUCAAAUUUUUGCUCAAAACUUAAAUUCAAAAAAUCGGAUGCGCAAUGGCUUGUAACUAGAAAAACUCGUUAAGUUGAGGCAUUCGUCAGUCAAGGUGUCAUUAUAUAUGUUGUAGGCCACUAAAACUAUGGAUGGUGGACCUCAAAUGUCUCCUGCGCCAUAGUUUGGACACCACUACGUUCCUGGCAUGUUGUUGUUAAUUGAUUCAACCACAUGCUGCUACUUCUGCUACCCCUGCUGCUGCAGCCUUGUGAAUAGAAACAGAAUAUUGAGACCAGGUUGGCCCUUCAGCCUUCAACGGUCAUCUUAAAUAUUCGUAACAGCACACUAUGAUUACUGUGACUAUUGAUGCAUGUUUUGUCUUCUGUUAAGAUUAUUAUUCUGGAUGCUGACUGGCUAGUGCAAUAUUGUGUACUACUGUUGUGACAUUUCUACUGAACCUCAGCAUAGUUUUUCUUUGAGAUAGAAGUACUUUUUUUAUUUUUUUCUGGAGUCCAAAUAGUUAAGAAUUUAGCCAUGUUAGUCAAUGUAGCAACCAAAACCCACAAGUAGCUUCAUGUAGCCCAAUGACAGUUAUCUUUGCCUUGACUGAGACUUGAUCACAUUUUGUAGUUCUAUUGUGGUUGUUUGUUUGUCCUUUUUUUCUGGCACUGUGAAUCUCAAGAUUUUGAAAAACGUUUGGUGUAUGUUUACAAGUUAUAGUGUAUUGUAUAGAUUUCAUUACUGUUGCACGUUCUCACAAGCGUCAGUAAACGUUUGCUUCUGUAAGUUCACCAGUUGUUUUUAUCUUUUUGUGUGGAAAAAUAAAAUAAUUUAUGGUUCUUAAA